AUGGGUUCCAUCGAUCAGUCCGCCCUGCCCUACAUCCAAACCAACCCCAAGAUCAUAUUCUUCACAGAUUUCGAUGGGACAAUCACCUUGAAAGACAGCAAUGACUUUCUGAUCGAGAAUUUGGGAUAUGGCGUUGAGAAGCGGAAGGCAAGAAACGAGGAUGUUCUCACAGGCAAAUCAAGUUUCCGGGAUGCAUUCCGUGAGAUGUUGGACAGUGUCAAACCCGGAUUCGCCGAAUGCAUCCAAGUUUUGAAGGACAACAUGAAAUUGGAUCCUUACUUCACGGAAUUCUAUAACUGGGCCAAGGAGCACAACGUACCGAUCGUGGUGGUCUCGUCAGGCAUGGUGCCGAUUAUUAGUGGGCUGUUUGAAGUUUUGCUCGGCCACAAGCCCGACCCCAAACACCUAACCAUCGUCGCCAAUGAGGUCGAGAGCCGUGAUGGCAAGGAUAUCAACACCCCGGGAGGCUGGCAGAUCAAAUAUCACGAUGAGAGUCACUUCGGCCACGACAAGUCUCUGGAGAUCAAGCCAUACGCUGCCCUGCCGGCUGACAAGCGUCCGACCCUUUUAUAUGCCGGUGACGGGGUGUCUGAUUUGUCCGCUGCUGCAGAGACUGAUUUGCUUUUCGCGAAGAAAGGACAUGAUUUAAUCCGGUUUUGUGAACGCGAGGGCAUGCCGUUCACCGUUUUCGAAGACUGGUCUAGCAUCCUUGCCACAACCAAGGACAUCUACGAGGGCAAGGUCUCGGUUAAGAGCGUUGCAGAAGCAGGACUAGAGAAUGCUCAGUGA